AAUUAUUCGCAGUCCUGUAAUCGCUGUUUACAACCUGCAGCUCUACCUGUUCAACUGACGUGACGUUUGAGACGAAGCCACGUGCUCUUUCUGAAACUAAACAGAGGAUAAUAAGUUCACUAGCUACAGGGCUAGCUAGCUGUUUUAGCACGAUUUAUGUCCUCGCAGCUUUUAACAGAGGAGUAAAUAAAUCACACCAUGCUGCCUGACAAAGAUGGUCCAGGUGUUGGAGGCGGACAGAGCUCUCCUGAGGGGGAGGAUGUCUCUGUGAGUCUGUUCAGAGAGUACCUGCGUCUCAAAACUGUCCACCCAGACCCUGACUAUGAUGCUGCUCUUCGGUUCCUGGACAGAAUAGCGGAAGAACUUGAGCUACCCAUGAGAAAGAUUGAGGUUUGUCCAGGCAGAGUUGUGUCCAUCAUGACGUGGGAAGGAAUUAACCCGGCCUUGAAAUCCAUCUUACUCAAUUCCCACACAGAUGUUGUACCUGUUUUCCAGGAACAUUGGAAAUACGAUGCUUUCAGUGCUUUCAAAGAUGCAGAGGGCAACAUUUAUGCCCGGGGAUCACAGGACAUGAAAUGUGUAACUAUACAAUACAUCCAGGCGGUCAGAAGACUGAAGGCAGAAGGUCGGAAACUGAUGCGCACCGUGCACUUAAUGUUUGUUCCUGAUGAAGAAGUUGGAGGUCACAAAGGAAUGGAAUCAUUUGUGAAGCAUCCGGAUUUCCAAAAGUUAAACAUUGGCUUUGCGCUCGAUGAAGGUCUUGCCAACCCCAGCGAGGCCUUCACUGUGUUUUAUGGAGAGAGGAACCCCUGGUGGAUUACAGUCCACUGCCCGGGCAGCCCAGGCCAUGGCUCCAGGUUUGUGGAGAACACAGCGGCUGAGAAGCUGCGCCAAGUCAUUAACUCCUUCCUGGACUUCAGAGAGAAGGAGAAACACAGGCUUAAUACCAGUGAGUGUUUCACCCUGGGUGAUGUCACCACAGUGAAUAUGACCAUGGUCAAAGGAGGCGUGGCCUACAACGUCAUCCCACCUGAGAUGGAUGUCAGCUUUGACCUUAGAAUACCACCCACAGUCAAUCUACAGGAGUUUGAAAGACAGAUCAAAGAGUGGUGUAAAGAAGCCGGAGAAGACGUCACCUACGAGUUUGCUCAGAAACACAUGAACCAGAACUUGACUUCCACAGAGGAGAACGAUCCUUGGUGGAGCGCCUUCAGUGCAGCCUGCAAGGCAUUGAACGUUACUCUGGAAAAGGAGAUAUUUCCAGCCGCCACGGAUAGCCGUUUUAUCCGAGCAGUGGGCAUCCCUGCUAUUGGCUUCUCCCCAAUGAACCGGACGCCAAUCCUGCUGCACGAUCACAACGAGUAUCUGAAUGAGCAAGUCUUCCUGAAAGGCAUCAGCGUGUACGAGAGGCUCAUCCCGGCUCUCGCCAGUGUUCCUGCCUGUCCUGAUGAGGCUUAGACUGGUUCUUAACUUUAAUCCUCUCAAAAAAAAACCUAAAAUCUAAAAAAAAAUUUCACUGAUGAUCUGAAUAUUUAACUUGAAAAUUUUGCAGAGAUUACCAAAGAAUAACAUGUAUAUCAUUAAGCCAAACUGAGCACGUAGCUUUUGGUACUGUUUAUUUUUUUCUCAGGAUAUAGACACAGUAAGCUUUGCAUUACUCAGUUUUUUAACAACAUACUUACUGUAUCUCAACAUUGUUGAUUGAGUGUGCCUGUGUGUAUGCAGUCUUAAAGAUAUAUCACCUAUUGUGUAAACAAUGUUUUCCAUUAGUAUGGAAAAAUACACUUAAAUGUGAAGGACUUUGAUUAACUCUUCAAUCAAACAUCAUUUAAUAGCCACUUUUUAAAUUUAGCUUGAUUUUAAAAAUAUGAUUCCACAGAUAGAAUUUUAUUUAAUAAACUGGAAUUUAUUUGUUCAUUUGUA